AGAUAGCAUUUUGAAGGAGGCGGAUGGAUAGCAUUUGUUGGGAAACAUAAGGCUUAAAGAAUUUGUAGAUAGAUAAAAUAAAAUGAAGAAACUGUAUUAACCGCUUCUGUUAACAAUGGCUACCACCGUUAGGUUCAAACCAUUGCUUCCACUCUCUCCUUUGCCCAAACAAACUAAUUCCCCUCUAACUUCAUGCUUUUCCUGCAAACCCAUUUUCGACCCUCGUGUUCUGUUUCAUCACCGUCCAAAUGUUUCUGUCUAUGUUGCCUUUAACCCUCAAGGGAACUUCGAUGUCUCUUUAUUUGAUGAUGACGAUGAGUCUAAAGUUGAACCUCCUAUGCCUCCAACUGAAGGCCGAUUCGAUGUUCUAAUUGACAACGAUGUUAUUGCUCGUCUUGACUUGUCCUCUUUUCAAUCUGCAACUGGCAUGAAAAACCCUUUAUCUGUAAAACCGCAAGAAUUUCUUGAUCGAUCCAUCGGCUUUACCAUCAAUUAUACGAGACAAGAUCCUCGCGAUCCUCGAGAAUUAUCAGAGUUUCCUGAUAUUAGGCUAUGGUUUGUAAGACUUGAUGCUACUUAUCCAUGGCUCCCAGUUUUGUUGGAUUGGAGAGCUGGAGAGCUAGCUCGGUAUGCUGCUAUGUUAGUUCCACAUCAGAUGAAUAUGAAAAUGGGAGUUGUUUUUAAUCCAGAGGCAUUGGAAUUGUUUGUUAUGAAGAAAGUUUUUAUUGUGUAUUCAUGGUUGAAGCAUCACAACAUUCCCAAGCCUAAAUUAAAGACUAAUGAUAUGGCAAGAAUGCUUGGAUUUGGCAUUGGAGAUGAGUUGUAUGAUUUACUUGAGAAUCAUCCACUUGAUCUAUCAUAGAAGCUACUUGUAGAGACUCAUCACAUUUAUCUACUUUAUGUAAUCUUAUUGUACAUUUUUCAGUAUAAUUCCUUUUUCUUCGCUACAGUUAACCAAACUA